AUGGUAUCUACAGUAUUAGUUCAACGAAAUCUUACUCCGCAACAAGUAACUCGAGCCAUCGCGAAAUUAACACCCGAAACACUGGGAACAGAAAAACGACUCAGUUCACCACUGCAUAAACGACUGAUCAAAUAUCAUCGUGGUGGACAAUUUACUAGGAUUAUUGAGUCAAAUAACUGGUUUCUUGAGAAGAGUUUAUUGCUGUGUAUUCAACGUAUAUCACUCAGAAAGUUAAAACAAGAACAGCAACAACAACGUGAACAAGUUUUUCCAUUAUCACCAAUGGCUACAGCAUCAGUAAUGCAACAGCAAAAACAGUCAAAAGUCAAAAAUGUUUAUAAUAGUAAGUUUAUUUUGUAG